AUGGCACUCAAUCUGCUACGCAACCUUUUAGCUGAGAUCCGUCAAAGUCAAUGGUUUGCUCUCAUUUUUGAUGAAACAAGGGAUCAGAGUGGUCUAGAGCAACUCUUUUCUGAAGACAUCAUUGGCAUGAUGGAAAUGCAGCAAACAGAUGCUCUUACAAUAUCGAAUGCAUUAAAAGAUGUUCUGCUUCGCUGUUCUCUCCCUCGUCAACAAUGUCGUGGCCGAUCAUAUGAUGGAGCUUCCAACAUGGCUGGUCAUUUAUAUGGAGUAGCUGAGUGUUCAUGUAAGUGCUCAGCACUUAGAGAUGCUCUUGGUGUUACUCAAGAAUUAUAUAAUCCAAUAAGAGCUUCCCCAAAGCAAUUGGGUUUAUUCAACAGAAUCAAAAAUGAAAUAGCUUCAUCAUCACCUGGAUAA